UGGGAGAGUGGACGGAGCACUAACAGCUGAGACAGUGGACAUGGGGGAAGAGAAGAAGGGAGACAGACCAGGAUAGACAGCAGAGAAGUGGACUUAAAGGAAAGACAGAUACAGUUGUUAUAAAUUAAGAGAAAACAAAGAGCGAGAGAGUGAAAGAGAAAGGAAAGUAUAGCAGCUAAGUGUGGGUGCUGCUGGAGUGAGGUCUGAGCGCGUGUGUGUGGAACUGGGUGGACCCAUCACCAGGAAGCCUCCACAUCGACCGCCAUGUACAGUGGAUAUGGAGGGAGUCCGUCCCGAACUCUCUCCACCAUGUCUCUGUCCGUUCGCCCAGUCAGGCGCCUCACCUCCAGAUCCAUCACUAGGAGCCAGAGUUUUACUGGAGUCAACACCUACGACAAAGCCUACAGGAACCUCUCAGUGUUCAGCACUCCAGGCCUCAGCAGGAAGCCCAGCAGAGCCAGCAGGAUGUUUACUAUAUCCACCAAGUCCAACCCACUGCCCAAAGUUCCUCAGCCGGAGCGACUGGACCAGGUCUAUGAGGCACUGAAGAAAGGCCUUCAGUCUUACCUGCAGGUUCAUCAGAUGGACCUGGACAGCCUCAGCAGACAGAUGAAAGAAUCAAAGAGGAACUCCAGACUGGGUUUCCUGUAUGAACUAGACAAGCAAGUGAAGGUGACUGAGAGGUACAUAAGACGACUGGAGUUUCACCUCAGCAAGAUUGAGGAGCUCUAUGAAGCCUACUGCCUGCAGAGGAGACUCAGGGAUGGAGCCAACAAGAUGGUGAAGGCGUACACUGCCUCUCCAGGCAGCAAGGAGGCGAGGGAGAGUUUAACAGAGGCCAACAAAGGAUACAAAGAGUACACAGAGAACAUGUGUGUGUUGGAGAGUGAGCUGGAGAACCAGCUGGGUGAGUUCCACAUCAAGAUGAAAGGUCUGGCUGGGUUUGCUAGAUUAUGUGCUGGUGACCAGUAUGAGAUCUUCAUGAAGUACGGUCGGCAGCGGUGGAAGCUCCGAGGCAGAAUAGAGAUCAAUGCCAAACAGGUGUGGGACAGUGAAGAGAUGGUGUUUCUGCCGCUCAUCAAUGACUUCCUCUCUGUGAAGGUGACAGAGCUGAAGAGCUUAGCCAAUCACGUGGUUGUAGGAAGUGUUUCCUGUGAGACUAAGGACCUGUUUGCUGCACUGCCCCAGGCGGUUGCCGUGGAUAUUAAUGACCUCGGGACUAUUAAGCUAAGCCUCGAAGUCACCUGGAAUCCAUUUGAUAAAGAUGACCAGGGGUCAGUAGCAAGCACUGUCAACAAAGCCCCGACCGUCAGUAAGAGAUUCUCGACAAUCUUCAACCAGAGUCCACCUGACACACCGUCUUUACGAGAACAAGCCUUCUACAACAUGCUCCGUCGUCAUGAAGAGUUAGAGAACGGAACAGCUUGGUCUAAUUCAUCCGAAUCCUCUGAUGACUCGUCCAGUCCUCAGCUGUCCGCAGGAGGACAACGCAGCUCUGCUCAUAAGGCAGUGGUGGUGACGCCAGAGAUUCAGCCAGUUGUAGCAGGAAGUUCCUCCCCACAGCCUGACAUCUCAUUUUGCCUCAGAGACUCCGCCUCCUCAACUCCAAACUCCACCCACAAAGUCAGCUCCGUCAGUGGGGUUUCCGAGACAAACAAAGAACAAGCGGAGAGCAGCAGGGAAGAGGAGAAGGGUGUGCUGACAAAACCUGACAGUGAGGAAGAGGACACAGGGAAACAGUCUCCCAUAGCAACAGGGGACGGCGUGGUGACCAACAGCCACACCUCACGCAGCUACUCGCGCUCUCUGAGCCACAUUAGUGAAAGCAGCGCUGAUGGUAUCGUGUUGACGGACAGGUCAGCCGGCGAAUCAGGGGAGGUGAUGUCUUUGGCCUCGGGGAUCUCCAUCAAUGACAUUGAAAUGGAGAUGUCCAGCAGAACUCCCGAGCCGCCCAGCUCUGUCGCCACGGACACCGCCGUGUCACCCAGGAAACUCGGCGCCGUUGAAGAAAACGCAACAGCUGAUGAUGUCACAGAUCAGCUCCCAGUCGGGAUGGAACAGGAUGCAUCCAGCUCUGUCCUCGCAUCCUCCUCCCCCAGUACGGAAGGAAUGAACUCGAACACUCCAUCACAGGCGAGCACACUCCAGCACCUAGAGUGCAGCACACUCCCACAGAGCGGGGAUGUGACAUAUGUAGCCCGGCGGGUGCCGGUGGAGGAGGUGAUGCCGGGUGCAGAUGCAGACUGUCUGUCCAAAGAGGGUGAUGGUCCGGUGGACUGCGGACUGGAGGAUGCCCUUGGCUCUGUAGUGUCCACUCUGGAUGAUUACAGGGGACAGUUCCCUGAGUUACAGCUGCUGGAACAGGAGCUGAAGCUGCUGCAGGUUACACUGAAGGGCGGCAGGCACAGCCGUUCACCCAGCGUGGUCAGCCUCACCGUGGAAACAGCUCUGGGCAGCUUUGAUUUCCUCAACACGUCUGACUGGGAGGAGGAUGAGGAGGAGAAAGGUGACCGGAGGAACAGAAGUGGCAGGUCUCUGCAGGACAGAGGCUGGGACAGCCCCUCCUCUCCCACCUCCCCCCUCACCACAGGCUGCACCACUCUAGACUGCUCCCUAGUGGUCCACCUGAAGAACUGCAGUGCACAGUUGUUGCGUCUGGGAAUGUUCGGUCCUCUGCGGUGUGGAGAGAUGUACGCCUUAGACAAACUGCUGCGAGAGGCUCGAGUGCUCGAAAUCAUCCGACGCAUCACCAAGGACAACCCAAGACGUCUCAGACAGCCCGCUGAAGUGAUACCUCAGCUGGACCUGUGCCUGGGUGCUGUGUCUCUAUGGCAACAGUGUGUGGGGCAGGGCAGUGUGUACAGCGUCUCUGCUGACAGCUUCCUGGGAACGCUGUCUACAUCCUACUCCAGCAUACUGCCUGAGAGGACCAGCAGCAUGGCCGACACAGUUUUCUUAUGUCUGGUGGAGCGAGUGCUGGACCAGAGGUUACCACGGCGGGGCAGCAACAGAGACGGAGUGAUAGUGACACUGUUCCAGCUGUGGAGCUACAUAGAGGCCAAUGGCAUCAGCGACAUGGAAACACACAUCACGGAGCUGGCAGAAGAGGUGUGGCUGGUACAGAGGCUGGCGUCGUGUGACCAGGAUGUGAUCGUCCACACUCUGCGGCGUCCUGCAGAGUGCAGCCUGAGGAGAGAAGGACUUCAUGCUGUGGCCAAAUUACUGAAGGACCCACGAGGCAAAGUGUCAGCGUCUGCCAGCUCUGUGCUGAGAAGCCUGGCCGCUCAGCCCAGACAGAGAGAGCAGGCUUUGGUCAGCUGUCUGGAGCUACUGGAAGACGAGAACGUGGACACCAGAGUCUGUGGAUGCAAGGCCUUAGCUUGUCUGAAGGCUAAAGAAAGCAUCGAUCAGUUAGUGUACCUUUGUCGGACCGACAAGGAGGAAGUCCGAGAUGCUGCCAAACAAGCGCUGCUGGUGCUCGGGGAGGAGGGGAAGAUGGCCCACAGACACGUGGAGACGUCUCAGGACAGCAUACCAAGACUCUUCGCUCCGGGAAGCAUGGCCAGCACAGCUUUCUAAACACAACACACACACACAGACACACAGACACACAGACACACAAACACACACACACACACACACACACACACUGGGUCAGAGCAAAACCACAAUGAAUAUGAUGUUUUGGCUCAGUGUCACGAGAAUAUACAAUAUGCCGUUCCUCUACCCCAUUACUGAUACUACAGCAUACAAAGACAAAUAUGAUAUAUGCUAUACAGUAUGUACACUGUCUGAGAGGUGGCAGUAAUAUUCACUUCCUGAACAGCACCUCUGCUUAACACUGGGCAAACAUUUAAAGUCAGUAAGCUACAGAUACACCAGGUUGUGUUUACCAACCUGUGGUAACUGCUCUGAGAAAAUCGGUGGGACUGUAAAGAUGCUGGGAAGAAUGUACAACGUGAGCAAGACUGAAUGGAAGGAUGGAAGAAGGGAGGAGUGGAAGGAUGAAAUGGAUACUGAGGGAGGACGAUGUGGAGGAGUUAAGGGGACAGAGAGGGACACGUCUGCACCUAAGUCACAUUCUAAGUCAGACUGUCCUUGCUAUCACAGUCAUGUCCCUCUAUGGUCCAAACACAAAGAUAUUAUUUUCAGAUAAGUUAGGAAAAGUCCAAAAGCUACUUCAAGCCGCUUUAUCAGGUGGUUUCUGUUUUCACAGCCUACUAAACGCCAAACGAUGUACAAUAACAAUAAUACAGCCCUCAGCUCGACCUGAAAUACUUUCUGUGAUGGAAGCUGCUGUCUCCAGUUUAGGCUUAAAGCCUGUUUGAACAGUCCUGCUCCAUGUGGACAGCUCGUCCUGUGACGUGUCUGCAGACUCAACAUGAAUAACACUAAAUGACGUUUCUCGUACAGCUCUGCCUUCACUGUCGCCAUCGGCUCUGCUCGUGCAUGCUCGUUUCAGUUUCUGCCAGAUGGCUGUGAUCACCUGCCUGCUGUAGCAGCACCAAGGCUGCAGUCAGGAUCACUUCAGAGUCAAGUCCAAACCAAACUAAGACCAAGACCAAGAAAAAAUCAAUUAGUAUUCAGAGCAAACAUUCUCACACAAUGUUAUAAUCUAACUAUUAAAGUACGAUGUGUGUCUGUGCACAGAACACACCUGUUUCUACUGUUCUUAAACAGUUCACGUCCAGUGGAGAACCUUAAAUGGUAGAAAGGUCAGCACUAAGCUGUCGAUGCAAACAGUCCACAGAGGUGACCAGCUUCUGUUGAUGACGUACAGUCUGCAGACCUAACCCCAGAGGAGCUGGUUCUGAAACAGUGUCGGGAUGAACUUUCUGAGCAAAGUUUCAUUUUUACGUUUAGAAAGAACAUCAGGAGUGUGUUCGGCUGCUGGAUGGAUAUCAUAUAGCAUAUAAGUAUAAACCUAGGUGUAUAAAAUGACAGUGAAGAACAAAGAAUCAGUUUGUUCUCAGAACACAGACGCUCUGAAAUGAUUGAUCUCAUUCAGAUGAGUUGCUUUUUCACUGCAGGAGCAACGAGCCGAUUGUAGAGACAGUGAACUCACUUCGAUUCACAGGGACAGGAACAUGACUCUGAACUGUAGGUAUUUGUUGUUCCCAUCUGUUAUGGCUGUGACCGUGGUAGCAUCACUGCACUCAAGCUUCCAACAAACGGGUUCGUACAACGUGUCGUGUGAAUUCAUUUAAAGGCAAAAGUGUUACUGUUACCCGUUCUGCUGCCUCCCACCACCUCCCUCAUCUCACUCCAAGAACUCUGCAUGUUUUCUCUCUGUAGCUUCGACAGUGAACUGUACAAAAAGGGACAAUGUGCUCACUCUCAGACAGUCUCUGCGUGAAGACGUUCAUGGUGUUGCGCCUGUCUUCGGUACAGACAGUGACAGAGGAAGGAGCUGGACAGAAAUUGUCGGUUGCUAUAGAUGGUUUUCAGACGCUGUCAGAGCGACGAGCACCUUGUUUGAAGCGUACUGAGGCCUCCAGAGGUGCGGUACAAAGCCCACAGCCCUGCUGCAGAAAUGCAUGCUUAAGUGAAUAUGAGGCUUCAGCAGCCUGCUCUCUGCAAAGACUACUUUUUGUUCCUGCAUCAAAAAAUAUAUUUAAAAAAAAAAAGCAAAGCAAAUAUGGAAUAUAUGUUGCAGAUUUUUUAUCUUCCAUUGAAAACCAGCACUUGUCUCCACUGAGCUGAACAGUAAACCUGAAAAUUAAAACUUAGAUUUAGAGGUCUGUGUCGGAGGAGAAUCACACCCUGGGAAACAAAGAAAUGAGACUUUUAUUGGGUUGUACUGGGUGAUGUGAUGAGAAAGACUUAGGUCGUGUGUUCUUCCUGGAGUCCUUCAGCCAGUGGCAUUAUAAAGUCACCUGUACCAGGUGAGCUGUUUGUGCUUCACUGUGUCUCAAGAUGAAUUGUGGCUGAUGCUGGAAACCCUGGUUACCAUAGAUACAGCAGCUCAGACAGCUGUGGUCAACAGCCAGCAGCAUGUUUCAAACAGAUGUUUUUGCUUCCUGUCCGAUGUCUGCAGCACUGCUACCACUGGCUUAUUAACCUACUGUGAAACUGUCUUCCAAUUCAAAAGAUAAAAAGUGAAAGCUUUUCAUUCUGUGUCCUGCAGGCCUUCGUGUGUGAUGUUGUCAUCUUACUGGCAGCAGAUUAAAAAGAAAGCGUAACUCACACUGUAGUUUUGUAUAAAGGUUUGAGACUGUAGAAAACUUCUGUACAGAGGAUGGUUUAAGCGAUUCAGUGCCAUUACUCUUUACAAUGAUGACAUAUCUUAUUCUAUUCUGGAAACACAUAUAACAUGACUAUAUGCCACUGGAAUUUAAUAUUCUGUGAUUGUAAAUUGUUUUUAUCUAAGAGUCUUCAUUUGUAAAUGUAUACUUUAUUUUAUGAGAUGCAUUUUUACCAUUAAGAUUAUUUUCAGUCAUUCGACCGGUCAGUUUGAUGAACGGAUUCAUUGAAUGACAUUAACUGAGUGGCACUUAACUGUACCACUGACAUACCUGCUGUAAAUGGGGUGGCAUUCUGUGUGGAGUCGCUGAAAAGUUGCAUUACUGUCACGUGCUGCUGCAGAUGAAAGACAGAUGACUAAGACAGACCUGUCCAUCCAGGUCUGGGACCAGUUUGCUUUAAAUUCAGAUCCAUGACAGUUGAACCCUUAAUAAUCAACUGUUUCUGGCUUUUGGAAAGAAUAAGAAUUUUCAUUUGUCUGUGUUGUUUAACUUGUGGUAUCAUCAAAUGUCUGAAUAGGAGGAACUACAAUAGAACUGGAUUGAAUUUCAAGUAAACUGGUCCCAAAUAUAAGAUCAUAAAUUAUUAAAGGGCAAUACCGGUGUUUUUGCAUGUUUAUGCCAUUUACUACUAAUAACAUAUAAAAUCUUUACAGUGUCGCUGACCAUUUUCCAAAAUAAGCACAGCAGGCGGAACAUUGAAAGCCUUCAUUUCUGAUUAUUGACCUUAUUGAGUUGGAUUGGAUCUGCAAUUUGUCUUUCGGGAAACUCUUUCUUUAAUCAGUGUGGUUGCUGCAGUUCAUUUCCAUUCCAGUGCAUACAGUAGCUUAUAGAUUUAGAUUAUUGAACUGUGCUUAUUUAUCCCCACAGGCAGCCUCUGGUUUCCCUUUAUUUAAGCACAGCAUCAUCACUAUACACAUCAUUUCUACAACAGUUCUGUAACCAAAUUUAACUGUGCUCUGGGGGAUUCACACUACAGGCUUUGGUAAAUGGAAUAAAGAAUGUGGUUUUUAGUAAAUGGAUAAAGAAAAAAAGAUGCAAAAACACACAAGGUAUUGAACAGCCAUUGUUUCCCUCCCAGUCCAGCAAGCUGCCCACACUGGGUUUGACCAGUAUCAGUGAAAAUGCCAAAAUGUCCAUCCCCAGUGACGUCAGCUGUUCCUGUUUAUUGUGACCUUGUUUGAUUCGUUUCAUAGUGACACUGCUGACAGUGAUGCUGCCACUCUGCCUUUGUGAUUUCCUGAGCACUGUUACUCUAAGCUCAUCUCAGCCCGAUGACUGAUGAUAGUAUAUCAUUGGUGUAUUGAUGGUGUAUAGACGUGUCCUGGUUGCAUACUCUAUAAUAAUUCUGUGGUGUGAAGUUGAUGAAUUAACAGUGUUGAUUGUGCACUUUUCUGGCUGUAAAAAAAAUUGUACAGACAGGAAAGAAAUAAUCGAUGGAUCCAUGAAAAUGUGUUUAAACAUUCAUGUUCCCAUCAGGAUGAACUGUAAGAACAAAGAUGACCCUCUGACUUCUUCUUUAGCGCCAUCAUCAGGUCAGAAUUUCAGUUUGUCCAAUUGGCUUAUGACCAAAUACCUGCUACAUUCCCAUCAGUCUCAGCUGUACUUUAUGUUUAGUAAAUGUUAGCAAGCUGCCAUCCUAGACAUGUUCACAUGCUGAUGUUAGCAUUUAGCUCAGAGCCCUGCUGUGCUUAAGUAAAACCUCACAGAGCCACUAGCAUGGCUGCAGACUCAUACCACUGUACACUAUUGAUUUUUUUGUGUACCAACAGUCUCCGUGAUCAUCACACAAAAAUGUCAAGAUUUUAGUCUGACUGCAAAACAGGAGUUAGAAUUACUGUAGGGAAUGCAAAUGGGACACAGCUUUGGUCUUCAAGCAGAAGGGUUCAGGUUCCCUAUGUACAAUGUGCCAACCCUGUUUACUUUCCUUAGACUGAGCUAGACGUUCUCAGCAACACUAAAGCAUAGAGAGAGUCUACUUCGUUAAGACUGUUAUGAGAGACAAAUCAGCAGUAGCUGUUAAGAAGACUAGGGCCAUGGUUUAAAAGCAUUUAUGUGCGUUAUGACUGCUAAGAUUAAAGUUUAAAGAUUAAAGUCAGAAUCCUCAGAUUUAUGUCAUAAAUAGGGUUUGAAUAAUUAGAAUCUGGCCAGAAAAGUUAGAAACUUUUUUCUUUAUGAACUCUGAGUUUAAUCUCAGAGCAGGAAUUUUCAUAUAGCCCUAACUCUCUUUUAUGCACCAUAGAUGCAUAUUUAUUGAAAGCAAUAAUGAAUUAUUAAUGUACUGUUGUGUCCCUGAUGAGAACUGACAUUCAGAUAUUAUUUUCAGUUGUCAGAGGAAGGGGUGAUCAGAGAAUCAGCUGGUUGUGUUUUGUGUUCAAUCUGGGUGUUUACCUCUUGAAUACAGUAUAUUAUAAGCAACAGGCUGCAGUGUCACUGGAGUCAUUAUAUAAGACUGAUGUCAUGUUGGGACUUACUGUUUUUAAAUAUGAUUUCUACCACUGUAAUGUAUUGCAAUGUAUUUACCACUAUUACUUUCUAUAGGACAGCAGCAACCUGCAGCUAUACCUCUGCAUCCAUAAAGCAUCUCACAGUGUUUAAGUGCCUCAAGGUUUGAUUGUAACAGAGAUGCAACAAGACAUAGAUGAGAUACUUAAUUUAAGAGUGAAGAGAGUGGAAAACAGUGGAAAACCACUGUAGCACAUUAUACAUAAAUAUAUAUAAAUAUAUUAUUUUUUCCACAAGCUUGAUAAAUUGUGCAGCAUUGGACACAAAAUGUUUUAUUCUUUUUUUUUCUUUUCUAAAAUAUAUUUCCAGGUAUUCUGGUGUCAAAUAUAUACAAACUAUUAAAAAAUGUGUUUAAAAAUUG